AUGCGUCGCCAUGGUAGGGCUAGCGGGGGCCCGACCAAAGGUGUCUCUCCCAUGUCCGAUAACCUGUCCCUCAUCCAUUCCUUUGACUCUGUCCUGAAUCCGAACCGACCGGUGCGCCCCUCGCCCUUAGCUUCUUCCCACAUAAAAGCGCUACCGUUAGAGCUUGUCGAUCGCCUACGGUCAUUUCCUCUCUUCCAAGCCACACCCGAAUCCUUCUUGAUCGAAGUCGGCCAACACCUGCGCCCACAACUGCACGCCCCGAACGAUUAUAUUCUCACAGAGGGUGACGAUGCGAAAGCGAUUUAUUGGCUAGUUCGCGGUGCAGUAUCGGUCACAUCACGCGACGGAGAAAGUAUAUACGCUGAGUUAAAGCCGGGAGCUUUCUUUGGUGAGAUUGGUGUGUUGAUGGACCGACCGCGCACCGCGACGAUUAUUGCUCGCACCCGAUGCAUGCUGGUCGUGCUCUCUAAGGACGACUUUCGAAACAUAUUGCCGCGCUUCCCUGAAGUUGAGCGCGCAAUCAUGGAAGAAGCGCAAGAGCGAUUGAUGAUCCUAGAAAAGAAAAAGAAGGAGACUUCAGCACCAGUAAUAGACGAUGACGCUAGUCCCAGUCCAGUGCGGAGAGGCUCCAAAAGAUUGCGGGAAAGCUUUUCCAAGGAUCUCAUUCUUGCAGAGGAUGAAGAUCUCAGUGUCAAGUCCGUGCAUAAAAAGCGGAAAUCACCGAGCCCGGGGCGCCGCGAUGCGGCCAGUGCCCUCGCCAAUGGACUAGUGAAUGUUCGUUUAUUGCUCAAAGAACUUCCUCUAUUCUCUGGAUUGCCUGCCGAUAUCCUUCACUUUUUAGGGUUGAAUGCCCAGCCAUCCUCCUUCCCUCCAUUCACCGACAUUAUCCGGCAAGAUACCCAAGGUCGUGAACUCUAUUUCAUUGUUCGUGGUGAAGUAGAGGUAAUAACCGAAAAACGCGAAACACACAACCAACCAAAUGGCAAGCCUAAUGGAGUUAAUCACUCCGGUAUCGAAGUUAAAGCUAGACUGAAGCAGGGUCAGUAUUUUGGAGAGGUGGUGAGUCUUGAUUUAGCACCGCGAAGAACAGCAACCGUCCGCUCGGUUACAUUAGUCGAAUGUCUUAUGCUGAGCGGGGAUGUGCUCUCAAAAUUUUGGGAGAUGUGCCCUAAAGACAUUCGGGAGCAGGUAGAGCGCACUGCCCAAGAAAGGUUGCAGGCGGCUUCUGAUGGUGAUGUGGUUAUGGCAGAUGCCACAGACGAGCAGUCUCCAAUGGGCGACUUAAAUAUUGAUGACCGAGUCAAAAUAACCUCAUCUCGGAGGAAGUCCAUGCCUUUGUUGACAUUGACGGAAACUGAACUGGAUGGUCCUCAUCAAUCCGUAUCGGGCGAGGACCAGGAGCAUCCUUUAGCACGCCCAUCGGAUCCCGACCCUUAUUUGAGCCUUGGGUUAGAUAAAGUUCGACUUCGAAGCCGACGUGGCUCAGUGGCCCCAUUAGCCCCAGAAGAAAUGUCUGGGGAAUUUCAGCGACAAUCACCUUCGGAGCCAAGAUCUGCUACUUCAUCGAUAGUUGCGCUCCCAGAGACUGCCGGGCUCUCAAAAUCGCAAAAAGCUCCACGUCCAUCCAUUGAUGCUCACUAUGGAAUACUCCCAGAUAGUAUUUUGCAGAAUAUCUUUCAAUUUCUGGAACUACAUCAUCUCCUUCGGCUUCGUGCUGUGUCAUCUCAUUGGACUGAAAUUCUGAAAAAGUCUGGGAAAAUCGCCCGAGAUCUAGACUUGAGUGUUUACAAUCGCAAGGUCACGGAUGAAGUUCUAGUGAAGGUCAUUUGUCCGUUUGUUGGUGAUCGACCACGAUCUGUGAACAUCAACAACUGCUUCCAUAUCACCGACGAGGGUUUCAAUGCACUUGUGAGCACUUGUGCCCCUAACUCAAAAACGUGGAAGAUGAAAAGCGUCUGGGAUGUGACCGCUUCAGCGAUCUUAGAGAUGUCAAGUAAAGCCACAGGCCUGCAGGAGGUCGACUUGAGCAACUGCCGAAAGGUCGGCGAUACUCUGAUGGCCCGUAUAAUUGGAUGGGUUAUACCGGAAAGCCAGAAACCGACCGAAGGCAAAAGUGCAACCAUCAAGCCUACUUUUCAGACUGCAGACAGUCUGGUGUAUGGCUGUCCUCAAUUGAAAAAGCUCACGCUUUCCUAUUGUAAACAUGUGACAGACCGUUCCAUGCACCACAUCGCAUCACAUGCAGCCAGUCGAAUCGAAGAAAUGGAUCUGACGCGCUGUACUACUAUCACCGACCAGGGCUUUCAAUACUGGGGUAAUGCACGAUUCACCAACCUCCGCCGACUUUGCUUGGCUGACUGCACCUAUUUGACCGACAAUGCCAUAGUACAUCUGACCAACGCUGCCAAGCAGCUUCAAGAAUUGGACUUGUCGUUUUGUUGUGCGUUAUCCGAUACCGCGACCGAAGUUCUUGCACUCCAGUGCUCACAGUUGAAGCACCUUAACAUGUCUUUCUGUGGAUCUGCGAUUUCAGAUCCCUCUCUUCGUAGCAUUGGUCUGCAUCUACUUUCCCUCCAACAUCUAUCCGUGCGUGGCUGCGUUCGUGUCACUGGGGUAGGUGUGGAAGCCGUUGCUGAAGGUUGUCACCAACUGGAGUCCUUCGAUGUCAGCCAAUGUAAGAACCUUCUUCCUUGGCUUGAAGACGGCGGUGCAAUGCGCUAUCAGCCGCGCGUUGACUUCCAAAUUGUCGCUUCAAAUACAAGAGUUUUUCGAUAG